UAAUAACCAGAAUGUGAUACUGAGUAUAAAAUGUUAACAACAAAAAUACCGCUGAUUUAGUAGUGUACGCAAAAAUGUUAUCAUUUAUUUUCUAUUUUUCAUACAAUUUUAGUUUCUGCUCUAAUUUAAAGAGCAAAUACAUUGUUUUUAAAAUGUGGUAUGCAGCCUUAGUUCGAUUUAUUAGAAGGAGAUUAGUAUUGGGCAUCAUAUUUGCAUCUUCACUAACUUACUGUAUCGUAAGUUUCUUAAGAGAGGGGAGCAAUAAAAAUAUUGUAUACCAAGAUGUAUCAAUUGAGCAAAAGCCAUUUAUUUGGAGAACCCUUCAAGAACACAAUGAUACAAAUGAUACAAAAAUUUGCAGAAAUUCUGUCCAAGGAAAGUCUGUUGUUGUAGAUGAUAGAGGUUAUGUUUGUCAACGAAGUGACAUAUUAAAAAAUGGGUGUUGCAAUGCUGAUGUAGAGAAAACAACUAGAUACAGUUGUGAAUCGUGUAAAGACAACAACUGUUGUGUUAUUUAUGAGUACUGUGUCUCCUGCUGCCUGGAUCCUAGCAAAAGAGACAUGCUCGAGUUGGUACUAUCUAAACUAUCAGCAGAAGAGAAUGUAUUGUUCCGUUCAUUGACCGAUGACUAUGAGCUAUGCUUGACAAAAUGCCGUACGAGUUCGCAUAGCGUCCUUCAUGAGAACUCGUACAAGGAUCCCGCGCAUAAGCAUUGCUUCGGUGACGAACCACCCGGAACCAGAACACCUGACUAAGUUAACAAAGUUAGUGACAAUGUUAUACCUGGCUGAUUCUAUCCACUCAAGAUUUGAUGACUUCAUCAAUAAUAUUUGUAAUUUGAUAGAAUUUGAAAAUAGAGGUGUCAUUCCAUUCUGACGUCUUGGAAUGUCUU